CGCGCAGGCGUUUUCCCCCCUCCUCUCUCUCUCUCUCUCUCUCUCUCUCUCUCUCUCUCUGUCGCGUGCGCUCCGUGUUUGCGGAGGAUGCCGUUGCGGCUGCUGUUCUGACGGGACUCACUACAAAAAAGCUGAACUCUCUCUCUCUCUCUCUCUCUCUCUCACACACACACACACACACACUGAGGACUGAGGAGAGAAGACAUAACACACUACACACGCACUCAGUAGCUGCGCGCGCGUUUUCCAAACGAGUGGUGUUACUGUACAGAGUGGCAUCACCAUGCAAGACACAGACGUGAGUGUGUGUGAGCUCCAGCCCAACAUCAUCUCCGUGCGCCUGUUCAAGCGCAGAGUGGGUGGUCUGGGAUUCCUGGUGAAGCAGCGCGUGUGCAAACCCCCCGUCAUCAUCUCGGAUCUAAUCCGGGGUGGCGCGGCCGAGGAGUGCGGCCUGGUACAGGUAGGCGACAUCGUACUCGCCGUCAACAACAAGCCUCUGGUGGACAUGAGCUACGAGCGAGCACUGGAGACGCUCAAGAACGUCUCACCCGAGAGCCAUGCCGUCCUAAUUCUUCGCGGCCCAGAGGGCUUCAGUACGCACCUGGAGACCACGCUGAGUGGAGACGGCCGGCCUCGGACAGUGCGUGUCACCAAGCCGGUGUCAGCGCGGGCCUGUCAGCGCUGCACACCCAAGGAGCUGAGGGCCAUCGAGAACCUGGCGUCAUCGUCCUCCACUUCGUCCUCUUCCACCUCCUCGUCUACGGCACGUAAGGAGCCCAAAAGUUUGAUUCCGCUGAGCGGGCCGGACGCGUUGCUUAAUGGUGUGGAGGAAAGCAAUGAGCUGCUGAAGGAGAUCGAGCCCGUGCUUAAACUGAUCAAGAACAACAACAAGAGGGACAUGAAUGGAGAGGGACAGAGGAGUGUGGAGAAGAGGGACGCCGAAGUGCAGGUGGAAAGAGACCUCGGUGUGGGAAUAAACAGCAAUGCCCAACUGGCCUCCGAUAAUGACAGAGUGUUUGAGGACCUCUGGAGGAAGGACAACAUGCCUACGGUGCUCAACAACCCGUACUCAGAAAGUGACAAGCCACCGUCACAAGUGUCUCCAACUAAGACCCCACAAAAUGGGAGCCCAACAAAAUGCCCCAGGUUCAUGAAGGUAAAGAAUUGGGAGACUGGGGUGGUGUACAAUGACGUACUCCAUCACAGCUGCAGCAAGGUGCCAAUUUGCAACGAAAGCGUGUGUAUAGGCUCAGUGAUGAUACCGAACAUGAGAAGUAAACCAGAUGAAGUUCAAACCAAAGAUGAGCUGCUACCAUUGGCUACAGACUUCAUCAACCAGUACUACACUUCAAUAAAAAGGUGUGGAUCGAAAGCACAUGAGGACAGACUGGAGGAGGUGAAGAAGGAGAUUGAAACGUCUGGAACAUACCAGCUUAAAGACACGGAGCUAAUCUACGGAGCCAAACACGCUUGGAGGAACGCCGCUCGCUGCGUAGGGAGGAUCCAGUGGUCCAAACUGCAGGUGUUCGAUGCUCGAGACUGCACAACAGCACAUGGAAUGUUUAAUUACAUCUGCAAUCACAUCAAAUAUGCCACUAACAAAGGCAACCUCAGGUCAGCUAUCACCAUUUUCCCCCAGAGGACAGAUGGGAAACAUGAUUUCCGGGUGUGGAAUAGCCAACUGAUUCGCUACGCUGGCUACAAGCAGCCUGAUGGCUCUGUUCUGGGAGAUCCUGCUUCUCUGGAGCUCACUGAGAUCUGUAUACAGCAGGGAUGGAAAGCGCCCAGAGGCCGGUUCGAUAUCUUGCCCCUUUUGCUUCAAGCAAACGGCAAUGAUCCAGAGCUGUUUGAGAUCCCUGACGACCUUGUGCUGGAAGUCGACAUCACACACCCAAAGUUCGAAUGGUUCAAGGAGCUGAAUCUGAAGUGGUACGGCUUGCCCGCUGUGUCUAACAUGCUGUUAGAGAUCGGAGGCUUGGAGUUCCCUGCCUGCCCCUUCAGUGGGUGGUACAUGGGUACCGAAAUCGGCGUCCGGGACUUCUGUGACAGUUCACGCUACAACAUCUUAGAGGAAGUAGCCACCAUGAUGGGGUUGGACACCAGGAAGACAUCCUCUCUGUGGAAAGACCAGGCACUGGUGGAAAUCAAUAUUGCCGUUCUUUACAGUUACCAGAUGUCCAAGGUGACCAUCGUGGACCAUCACUCAGCCACAGAGUCCUUCAUGAAGCACAUGGAGAACGAGUACCGGGUGAGAGGUGGAUGCCCGGGUGACUGGGUGUGGAUCGUUCCUCCAAUGUCGGGCAGCAUAACGCCCGUCUUCCACCAGGAGCUGCUCAACUACCGCCUCACACCUUCCUUCGAAUACCAGACUGACCCCUGGAACACUCAUGUGUGGAAAGGAGUGAACGGCACUCCCACCAAGAAAAGAGCGAUCGGCUUUAAGAAACUCGCCAAGGCUGUGAAGUUCUCGGCUAAGCUGAUGGGUCAGGCCAUGGCCAAGCGAGUCAAGGCCACCAUAUUGUUCGCCACCGAGACGGGGAAAUCGCAGGACUACGCAAAGACCCUCUGUGAGAUUUUCAAGCACGCUUUCGAUGCGAAGGUCAUGUCAAUGGAAGAUUACGACGUUGUGCACUUGGAGCACGAGACGUUGGUUUUGGCGGUCACCAGUACGUUCGGUAACGGAGACCCGCCUGAGAACGGAGAGAAAUUUGGUACGGCAUUGAUGGAGAUGAGACACCCAACCACCAGCACAGAGAGAAAGAGCUACAAGGUGCGCUUCAACAGCGUCUCUUCAUACUCGGACACUCGGAAGUCCUCCAGCGAUGAACCUGAGCAUAAAGCCCACUUUGAGAGCACAGGACCGCUCGCUAACGUCAGGUUCUCUGUGUUUGGCCUUGGCUCCCGGGCCUACCCACACUUCUGUGCGUUUGCCCACGCUGUGGACACGCUGUUCGAGGAGCUCGGAGGAGAGCGCAUACUCCGCAUGGGCGAGGGAGACGAACUGUGUGGCCAAGAGGAAGCCUUUAGAACCUGGGCCAAGAAAGUAUUCAAGGCUGCCUGCGACGUUUUCUGUGUCGGCGACGACGUGAACAUCGAAAAGGCGAACGAUUCGCUGAUUAGUAACGACCGCAGCUGGAAAAAGAGCAAGUUCCGCAUGACAUACACAGCUGAAGCGCCGACACUAACACAAGCUCUUUACAGCAUUCACAGGAAGAAGGUGUACGGUGCCAAGUUCCUGAUGAGACAGAAUCUUCAGAGUGUCAAGUCAAAUCGAUCUACUAUCUACGUCCAGCUCCACGCCAACAACCACGAGAGUCUCAAAUACCUGCCUGGAGACCAUCUGGGCAUCUUCCCCGGCAACAACGAAGACCUGGUGACAGCUCUGAUCGACAAACUAGAGGAUGCACCUCCUGUCAAUCAAAUCGUGAGGGUGGAGUUUCUUGAGGAGAGGAACACAGCAUUGGGAGUGAUCAGUAACUGGAUGGAUGAGAGUCGGAUUCCUCCGUGCACCAUUUAUCAAGCGUUUAAAUACUUUCUGGACAUCACGACCUCUCCCAGCCCUCUGCUUCUGCAACAGUUCGCUCUUUUGGCCACCAACGAGAAACAGAGGAAGAGACUAGAAGUGCUCAGCAAGGGUCUACAGGAGUAUGAAGAGUGGAAGUGGUACAAUAACCCCACCAUGGUGGAGGUUUUAGAGGAGUUUCCAUCUCUGCAGGUGCCCUGUACACUUCUCCUUACCCAGCUACCCCUGCUCCAGCCGCGCUACUACUCCAUCAGUUCUUCACCAGACCUCCACCCAGGCGAGAUCCAUCUCACCGUGGCUGUGGUCUCCUACCGCACUCGGGACGGAGCCGGUCCCAUACACCACGGAGUGUGCUCGUCCUGGCUCAACAGCUUGGAGGCGGACGAAAUGGUGCCGUGCUUCGUCAGAGGAGCCCCAACCUUCCGCAUGCCAAAGGACAGCAAAGUCCCAUGCAUCCUUAUUGGACCAGGAACAGGCAUCGCCCCCUUCAGAAGCUUCUGGCAACAGAGACUUUACGACCUUGAAAAUAAAGGCAUCAAGUCUUGCCCAAUGCUCCUGGUGUUCGGUUGUCGACAGUCGCAAAUGGACCACAUCUACAAGGAGGAGACCAUCCAGGCCAAGAACAAGGAAGUGUUUCAAGAACUCUACACUGCGUACUCACGAGAGCCUGGAAGACCAAAGAAAUAUGUUCAGGACGUCCUUCGCGAGCAGUUAUCUGAGACGGUGUAUCGAUAUUUGAAAGAGGAGGGGGGACACAUUUACGUGUGUGGGGACGUGACCAUGGCUGGAGACGUGCUGAAGACCAUCCAGCAGAUCAUCAAACUACACGGCAACAUGCCUCUGGAGGAUGCUGGGUUCUACAUCAGCAAACUGAGGGAUGAAAAUCGUUACCACGAAGACAUUUUUGGCGUUACUCUGCGUACUUACGAGGUGACGAACCGGCUGAGGUCAGAGUCCAUCGCGUACAUCGAAGAGAGCAAGAAAGACUCAGAUGAGGUGUUUUGUUCAUAAAGCCCCGUUUUGUUAUCGGAUUUCCGGAGUUCAGGAGCAACAAUGAAAAAGGACCCUCCCACCCCGAAAAAAAAAAAAAAAAAAAAGGACAGAAAACAAAAACAACUGCUACUUAAGAAAACUGUGCCAACUUUGUCUUUUUUUUCAGGUUCUUAUGUUUUGACUCUUUGGUAGUUUUUACUGCAUUUGUGUGGUCGGAAUCAACAUUUAUAAUAUUAAUUACUUUUCUUCUUUCUUUUCUUUGCUGGGAAUUUUUCCGGAAUGCACUUUUUAUCUCAUGUAUCGUUAUGUACAUGUCGCCCCCCCCCCCCCCCCCCCCCCCCUUCUUCUUUAUAAAUAAGCCGUGCACAUCGGGCGCCUGAAUUCAAUCUGCCUAUCGUGGAUGCAUGACCGAGACCCCACGAUGUCAAGUCCUGAUAUAUUAUCAUGUAUAAACAUAAGUAUUAUGUGUUGUGAUAAAUGGUUUAGCUUUGAGUUUAGUCACUGUGCGCAUCAUAUCGUGUAUGGAUCAGGAACUACAAAUGCCACCACUGAUAGAGUGUUUUAUCAAUGCUGAUUUAAAUGCAUGCUCUGUGAUUUCCGAUUGAAAUAGUGGCAGCUUCAGCACCGAUGCUAGAUCGUCAUCACAAAUGAGUGCAUUCAACCAAACUGGACUGCAACAGAACCAUUUUGUAAAAGAAAAGAAAAAAAAAUCUGCUCUUUUUUUAGUCAGCAUAUUAUGUCUGGUUCGAGUCAGUCGUCCGUGAAAGAAAGGUGAAGGAAUGGAGGAAGAAAAAUCGAGCGUUUUCUGCCAGGCUGAGAUUCCCAUCUCAGAAUGGCAUUGGUUGUGUCAAACGCUUUUGUGAUACAUUUGCACGUUGUCCAUGUGUUUUCUCGGAUUUGUCUCGGUCGUUCUUUUUAAAAAACAAAACAAAACAAAGAACCGAAAGAAAAGUAAGUAAUACUUUACUUAAGCACAGUGUCCAUACACAACUCGUACAUAAAACUUUUUAUGACGAUUAACAUAACAUUGCAUAUGCAUUUAUAAAGCAUUCCAACAGCCAUUAUUUGACCUCAAGGCUGCUUUUGUCGAGUAAUGGAUUUUUACAAAAUUAAGGUUGUACCAGGCAUUUUUUUUCAGGAUAUUUACUAUUAUUUUCUACAAAGCACUGUUGAAUUCUUGACUCUAAUUGGUCGGAAGGUGUUGAUUUCAUUUUCUAUUACAGCGUCUCUAAAAGGUUUCGCUCUAAUAUGUUCUUUCUAUAGUAACAGCUCAUUUACAUGGACCUGUACGGCUCCACAUAAUCUAAGCUUACUAAUAAGUGUUAAAAAAAAAAAAAGUGCCCUUAUUUAACAAAGAAAACAUUUCAUUGUUGAUAUGGUAAAGUUUUCUGUUAGGACUCGUUUAUUUAACAUGUAUGGAAGGAGCUCUCCAGUGUCAGUCUCAGUGCUUUCCUGCUGUGGUGUAAGAGGAAUAAAACACUUCGGGAUGUACUGUUAGAGGAAAAAUAAUGAGCGAUGGAGAGGUGUGAUAGGAAGGGGGAACAGCACACCUUGUCAUGUUUUAUUCCAUACAUAGAAGGUAAUGUCAGCUGACUGUAGGUUGUAGGUCAGUGUUCAGGCAUGAUAACCUGCUUUAUAACACAAUCAUGUAGCAGAGCAUCAAUCAUUACGAUGUAAUAACCGAGUUAUGUAUAUCGUCUCUGUCCAUUAUGUAAAAAAGUUCUUCAUAUCUCUGCUUUUAAGAUUUGCUUUUAGUUAUACUACACAGUGUCUGUCACUACAUCAGUAUGAAUUUGUUUUUGAUGCCAUCAUCAUCAUCAUCAUCAUCAUCAUCAUUAUAUGACUCCAAUAUAGAGUCCCCUCCGAAACUAUUGGCUCGGCAAGGUCAAUUCAUUUGUUGUUGCUGUAGACUGAAGACAUUUGGGUUUGAGAUCAAAAGAUGUAUAAGAGAAGAUAGUUUAGAAUUUCAGUUUAUAUUUCCUGGUAUUUAUAUGUAGACGUGUUAAACGACAUAGAACACAGCACGUAUCAAACCACCCAAUUUGUAGGUGAGCAAGAAUGUUGUUUUUUUUUGGAACAUGUGACUGACAGGUGUUUCUUGUUACCCAGGUGUGUCCGGUUAGAUUGUUUUUUUUAAACAGUAAAUAGCUCUGAACAUCUACUCUUGGUUUUAGCCUCCAAUUUCUCCUGUGAAGACUGCAUAUGUUGUUAAAAAGGAUGAGCCAACAUGAAGAGCAGAGAGCUGUCUAUGGGAGAAAAGCAAGCCAAAUUUCAAGCUGAGAAAAGAUGGAAAAUCUAUCAGUGCCAUUGCACAAACAUUGGGCGUAGACCGUAUAACAAUUUGGAAUGUCCUAUAAAAGAAAGAAACCACUGGUGCACGGAGUAACAGACAGUGAAUGGGUGAGUUAAGGAAAAUAACAACAGCUGACGACAGAAACAUUGUGAGAGCUGUGAAGAUAAAUCCAAAAACAACAGUCAGUGACAUCACCAACAACCUCCAGAGGGCAGGGGUGAAGGUCUCACAAUCCACCGUUCAAAGAAGACUUUGAUAGCAGAAAUAUUAAGAAUCAGAAAGCCAGAUUGGAAUUCGCAAAAAGAAAUACGAGCCACAAAAGUUCUGGAACCAAGAUGAACUUCUACCAAACUGAUGGAACGGCCAAAGUGUGUGGCGAAAGAAAGGCUCUGCUCAUGAUCCAAAACAUACAAGCUCAUUUGUGAAACAUGGUGGAGGUAGCGUUAUGGCUUGGGCUUGCAUGGCUGCUUCUGGAACAUUCUCACUAAUCUUUAUUGAUGAUGGAACUCCUGAUGGUAGCAGCAGAAUGAAUUCAGAAGUUUACAGGAACAUUUUGUCUGCCAGUUUACAGAGAAAUGCAUCCGAAUGAAUCGGCGGGAACUUCAUCAUGCGGCAAGACGACGAUCCAAAACACGCUGCUAACUCAACAAAUGACUUCAUCGUGGGGAAAAGUGGAAGGUUUUAGUCUGGACAAGUCCAUCACCAGACCUUAAUCCAAUUGAGCAGCAUUCCACCUCCUGAAGAGAAGACUGAAGGGAGACACCCCCUGAAACAAAAACAACUGCAAAAACAAAAGGUUCUAUGUUUUAUGUUGUUUAACACAUCUACAUGUAAACACCAGGAAAUAAAAGCUGAAAUCCUAAACUCUCAUCUCAUAUCCAUCUUUUGAUCUCAAACCCAAAGGUCUUUGGUGCAUAGCCCAAACAGAUGAAUUGGCCUGGCCUUUCCAAUGGUUUCAGAGGGAACUGUACCAGAAUUAAUGUGAGCUACAAAGUCAUCUGUCAUUGUAACUUAAAUCAGAUCAGGAAGUGUUAGGUCACUUGACUUAGGCGUUAUGUCAAUUUGAAAACAAAUGGACAAAAGCAGUCUUUUUGUGACUCUAGAUGUUGGAAUAAGCCUUCGUAAAUGCUUACGUAAUUUUAAGUCAGACGUCACCAAGACCCUAUGCAAGCCUAAUUUAUCCCUAUGAACAUUUAAUUUACUUGACUAACUAACAUGUUGAAAAUAUAUGACAUGACAGGUCAGUGCUAAUAUCAAUUUGAGAGCUACAAAAGAUUUGAUCUAGAAUGAAAGUGUAUAACUGAAUUGCGAUCGUCUUUAAAAAAGUGUGUGAAGGCAAUACGUUCAUAAUUGUAAUUUAUUUUAUUUUAUUAUUAUUUUUUUUGGAAUCCAUUGAGGAAUCAACACUAAUUACAUAACGAGAUCUUUCCUCCAAGGGCUCUGAGACAUAUCGAAGGCUCUUCCCUACACUCCUACGACAUAAUGGCGUUCUGGAGAUUAUUUUUCGAAAGAUAUAUAGACACCAGAGUUUCCCAGAGGGAAAUUCAGUUAAUGUCACACAACCAGACCAUCACGCAGGCGCUAUAAUGGCUUGGUUAAUAAAUGACAUGUUUAUCAUUUCUCUAAAUGGGAAAAAAAAGAAGACAUUUUCUCCUUUACUGAUAUAUUUUAGAUGUUUAUGUUUUAUCUCAUUUUCAUGUUUUUAUAUAUUCUCAAAAAAGAAAAAAAUAGGAGCCUUCUGCCCAAUUGCAUCAAGAAUAUUUUAGCUUCAGCCCUGAUCUUCAUGAUUACUCAUAGUAAGAAGAUAUUGGAUGUUUUUUAUUUUUAUUUUUAUUGAUAUAUAAUUUUUUCUUGCAUUCAGUUACAUACUUAUAAAUGGUAAAAAAAAUUAUAAUAAAUACAUAAAUAAUCAAAUGCUUUUCAAGUAUAGUGAUAUUUUUUGCCGUAUAUUUCUUUGGCCGUGCUUUACUUUGUAUCUUCAUAAAUCCUUGAAGUGUAAUUUUACCCAAAAUGUCAAGUUCUCUUGAAUGAACUCGUUUUGUUUCGUUACGGGCAUCUCUGUUUGUCAUUGCUGUUUUGCGACCGAUUGUUUCCAUCCAUUCUAUGAUAUAAAAAGUGCAUAUACGCUAAUUAUAUAUACAUGUUUUGAGGCUACAUCAAUAUAUUCGACCUGUAUGGGAAUUUUUUUAAGAAUGUAUUUUGAUUAUGGGUCCUGUAUUGGGGUUUUGGUUUGUUCAAAUGUUGCUCGUUUAGAAAUAAGAUUGGGGGGGGGUAUAGUUCUGAUGUCUAGUCUCUAAUUUUUCCUUUUGCUUUUGGAGAAUCUGAAGCAAAUGCAUGACUCCACUGUGUCCUGUUCCUCUUAUUCAGCACUGUGUCUAGUCAACUAUCAUGACAGAAAAAAAGCUCGAGGGACUAUUUCUUUGUUUUCCGUUUUUGUUUCUUCCGCUGCUGCUAAAAGAAAAAGAAAAAAAAAAAAAGAACUCUAGUCACUGCUGUGAACCUGCAAAUUGUGCAACACAUGAACCUUGAAGCGUUUGCCAUUUUAACGCAUUUUCUUUAUUGCAUAUUCCAGAAUACUUUGCAUCUACUUAAUAAUAAAAUAACAUUUAUAUGUCAUGA